AUGGAGGACUUCAUCGUGAUCUCGGACGACAGCGACUCGGAGAGCUCCGGAGGGACCCGCUCGGGCCGGGCGCGGAGGCUCCGCCGGGCCCUGUCCCGGACCCCCGGUGCGCUGCCUCGCCGGACUGUGGACGUCAUUGACUUAACUAGAGAAACCAGACCAAGGGUAAAGGAUCGCAGUGGACUCUGUGUGAUUGACCUGACAGGAUCUGAAGAAGAAAAUAGACCUAUUGCCACUCUUGACUUGACUCUAGAACCUGUUGCUCCUUCCCAGAAAGAGCCAGCCAGUCUUCAAGCAUGUGUCAGCCUCUCCAACAAAGAGAUAACGGAAGGGUGGGUGGACAGAAGCUCUAGGCCUGCAGCACGGAGAAUCAUCAAUAGUGAUCCUGUGGAUUUGGACCUUUUGGAAGAAACUGCAUUCGAAGGUCCCCAGCUGCCCAUGUCUACCAGUGGGGACUCUGUUUACCCAGUAGAGCCGAACUGUAGCUCAACCAUAUUCAAAGGUGACGUCAGCUUCUUGGCAAACCUACAACCCUCUUCAAAUAUUCACUCCCUCCCCCAAACCAGCAAUAAUAGUAGCAGUAGCAAUCAAAGGAUAGCCCUGCCAUGCCCACCACAAGCCUUGCCAUGCCCACUGCGAGCCUCACCAUGUCCACCUCGAGCCUCCUCAUGCCCACCACGAGCCUUGUCAUGCCCGUCACAAACCAUGCAGUACCAGCUACAAACUUUGCCUCGCCUGCCUCAAGAAGAGCCAUGUCCUCCUCAAGACAUGCCCUGCCCUCAGAAUGUGCCAGGCCCCCAGCAGGAUAUGCCAAGUCCACCUCGUGAUUCAUCAUGGCAUCCUCAGCGCUCACCAAGCCCACCUCAACACUCACUGGGCCUACCUCAAGAUGUACCAGGUCCACCUCAGAAUACAUCAUGUCUGGAAGAUGUGGCCCAUUUGCAGGACAUGCCACAGUCCCUGGAAGACAUGCCACAGACACCACAAGAUACGCCACAGUCAUCAGGAGACAUGCCACAGUCACCAAGAGACACGCCACCGUCCCUGGUCAGCAUGCUACAGCCACCAGCAGAUAUGUCACAGUCACCCGUCAAUACACCACCGUCACCAGGAGAUAUGCCAGCAUUACCAGGAGAUGUGCCAGCGUUACCAGGAGAUGCGCCACCGUCACCAGCAAGUGUACCACAUUCAUCUAGAGACGUUGCACGCUUAUCAGGAAACGUGCUGCAUUCCCCUGGGGACAUGUCAUGCUUGUUGGAAGACAUGCCACCCACAGUUGGACCUCAUUUACCAAAAAUCAGGCCUGCCUCUCCCCAGAACGACAUACAGAACCAUGACACCCCUAUGGAUGUCUCGACUCCAUCCUCUCCAAGCUCCUCUCCCAGCCCACCAUCCCCAGAGUUUGAGACUUCCUUAGAGAAAGUUCCUUGGAUCUCUGCCACAGAAAAUCCAGCCAGAAAAGAGAGAUCGCUGUCAGAGCCUGUCAACCCCGGGUGUGCCCUGAUGCAGGCACAGAUACCACAAGGCGGGUUGUACAACAGACCGUGCCUACAUAGACUGAAGUACUUCUUACGCCCUCCGGUGCAUCACCUCUUCUUCCAGACACUAAUACCAGAUAAAGACACAAGAGAGAACAAGGGUCAAAAAUUAGAACCUAUCCCUCAUCGAAGAUUAAGGAUGGUAGCAAACACCAUUGAAGAAAACUUCCCCUUGGGGACUGUGCAGUUUCUGAUGGACUUUGUAUCACCCCAGCACUACCCGCCCCGAGAAAUUGUGGCUCACAUCAUCCAGAAAAUCCUGCUCAGUGGCUCUGAGACUGUGGAUGUUCUGAAGGAGGCCUACAUGCUUCUCAUGAAAAUUCAACAGCUACAUCCAGCUAAUGCCAAGACGGUGGAGUGGGACUGGAAGCUGCUCGCUUAUGUCAUGGAGGAAGAGGGACAAAACCUGCCCGGGCGAGUCUUCUUUCUGCGUUAUGUCGUACAGACCCUGGAAGAUGAUUUCCAGCAGAUCCUGAGGAGGCAGCGACAGCACCUGCAGCAAGCCAUUGCAAGCACUGUGCUGUCCUGCGACAAGCAGCCCCACAAUGUCAGGGAUGUCAUCAAGUGGCUGAUCAGAGCAGUAACUGAAGACAGAUUAAUCCAGCCCCCAAAUGAGAAUCAGACCUCUCCAGGAAAAGGAAUCUUGAAGACCAGCAGUAGCCACCCUUCUUCCCAACCUAACCUGACAAAGAACGCCAAUCAGCUGAUUGUAUGCCAGCUCCAGAGGAUGCUGUCUAUCGCUGUUGAGGUGGACAGGACCCCCACGUGCAGCUCCAAUAAAAUUGCCGAAAUGAUGUUUGGGUUUGUGCUGGACAUUCCUGAGAGGAGUCAGAGAGAGAUGUUCUUUACUACCAUGGAAAGCCACCUUCUACGCUGCAAAGUGCUGGAAAUCAUAUUUCUCCACAGCUGUGAGACGCCCACCCGCCUCCCCUUGUCUCUGGCCCAGGCCCUCUAUUUCCUGAACAAUUCCACAUCACUGCUCAAGUGUCAGUCGGAUAAAACCCAGUGGCAGAAAUGGGAUGAGCUGGUCGAGCACCUGCAGUUUCUGUUGUCCAGUUACCAGCAUGUUUUAAGAGAGCACUUGCGGAGCUCAGUGAUUGACCGGAAAGACUUAAUAAUCAAAAGAAUCAAGCCGAAGCCCCAGCAGGGGGACGACAUCUCCGUGGUGGACGUGGAGAAGCAGAUCGAGGCCUUCCGCAGCCGCCUGGUCCACAUGCUGGGGGAGCCGCUCGUCCCGCAGCUGCAGGACAAGGUGCAUCUCCUCAAGCUCCUGCUCUUCUUUGCUGCAGACCUGAACCCUGACUCAGAGGCCCCCCCGUAG